UGACAUCAAUAGUGAGCACAGGACCCAAGAAACUAAUGAUGACUCUUCACAGUCAUGCUGACAACUCACAUGGAAAUGAACGAACGUUCUGUGGGACAGGACAGGACCUUGGAGACCAUGGUUCCUGGUCUCUGGCCAGCUCAGCUCUGCUGUGCCCUUGGAUCCCUCAGAGCCCCUGACGCCUUCUGCCCUUCUGUGGCCCAACUGGGAAGGACCAGAAUCAGUGAAAAACCAGAGAUUUCCUCCUCAUACUCUACUGACAAGUUACAAGAGGACAUCCCCCAGGUCAUCUGGGAGGGGCCCAGGUCUGAAUUUAUGGGUCACAUCUGCCCCACCCAGCAGCCUAGACACAGAGGCCCCCUAUACCAGUGUGCCUGUGCCGGAGAUCCUGAUGAUUACCUGGAAAAUCUCUCUGGGCAGGCCUGCCAGAGCGGAGCCCAGCUGAAGUGUGCCCCACCCACAGUAUGGAAGACUCCUAGGAACAGAGAGGGCCCUGUGGUCUCCUAUGAGCUGACUCAGCCUUCCUCAGUGUCGGUGUCUCUGGGAGAGACGGCCAGGAUGACGUGUCAGGGAGACAACAUUGGUAAUAAAUACGCUGGCUGGUACCAGCAGAAGCCAGGCCAGGCCCCUGUGUCUGUUAUUUAUGAUAACAACAAGCGGCCCUCAGGGAUCCCUGACCGGUUCUCUGGCUCCAACUCGGGGAACACGGCCACCCUGACCAUCAGCGGGACCCAGGCCGAGGACGAGGCUGACUAUUACUGUCAGGUGUGGGACAGCAAUAGUAAACAUCCACAGUGA